UUUAUCUGACUGUCACAAGAGGGGAUUCAAGAAAUCGACAAGGUCUCUUCUUUUUUUUUUCCCCUUCUUCACUCCAGGAAAUGUGAAGGCUUGGAAGAAGCGAUGCUGCUCUCGAUACAAGUUGAUGGUCCAGACUCCAUGGACAAGAAGGUGGUGUUGAUCACAGGCUGCUCCUCGGGGAUCGGUCUCAGCCUGGCUGUCCGGCUCGCCUCCGACCCGGACAAAACAUACAAAGUGUAUGCCACAAUGAGAAAUCUGGCCAAGAAGGAGCGUCUUUUAGAGUGUGUGAAAGGCCUGCACAAGGACACUUUGGACAUACUCCAGAUGGAUGUGACCGACCGGCAGUCCAUCCUGGAUGCGAGGGACAGGGUUGUGGAGAAACGAGUGGACAUCCUGGUGUGUAACGCUGGUGUGGGUUUGAUGGGGCCUCUGGAGAUCCAGUCCUUGGACUCGAUGAGGCAUAUUCUGGAGGUCAACCUCCUGGGUACCAUCCAGACUAUUCAGGCCUUCCUGCCUGAGAUGAAGGCUCAGGGUCAGGGCCGCAUUCUGGUCACUGGCAGCACUGGAGGGCUUCAUGGUCUCCCUUUUAAUGAGGUGUACUGUGCCAGUAAAUUUGCAAUAGAGGGAGCAUGUGAGAGUUUGGCUGUCCUCCUGCAGCACUUCAAUAUCCAUGUGAGUCUCAUUGAGUGUGGUCCAGUCAACACUGACUUCCUGGUCAACCUGCAGAAGGCGGAGCUCGGGGACACAUCUCUCCAACAGGUUGAUACCCACACGGUCAGCCUGUAUGAAAAAUACCUGCAGCAUUGUGGCUCCAUUUUCCAAAACGCGGCACAGGAUACUGAGGACAUUGUAAAGGUAUUUCUAGAUGGCAUCCAGUCACCCAGCCCUGCAUUCAGAUACUUCACCAGCGGUGUCGUGCCACCUCUUACCAAACUGAAGAUCACAGAACCAGACGGCUUGCAGUACAUCACUGCCAUGAGCAAACAGAUUUUCUCAGCUGAGGAAAAAUAACUUUUCCAUGUUUGCACGUUUUGCUCUCAGCCAAGCCGUUACUUUAGGUGCUGACUGGCGCCUCUCUGACUGCUUCUAUUCUUGUUCGUCACUUAUCACAAGUUCCAUAUCACAAAAAAUCUAAAUACAGACAAUUAAUAGGUUGAUAAAUGAGUAAUUGAUAAGAAUUAUAUUUUGAGUGAUACAAUAGCUUUUACACCUGUAGGCAUAUCUUCACUGGAGAAGUUGUUAGCUCAAACUUUAGGCCUUUUUCACAGCACACAUUUUGACUUUUCAUAGUAGGACAAACACAGGUGCUAUUAAUAACAUUAACAAUGGCUCUGUUCUAUCCAAGUGUCCCCGUAAACUGUGAAGUUUUCCCACUGUGACAUGUCAGAGUGUCCUCUGUAAAAAAGGCCUAUUGUUAAUGCGAAAACAUUGAUUUUCUUCUGUAAUUUUUGAUUAGCGAACAGGGACAACUUCCUCAUUCCAAAACAUGAAAUGAAAACAAAAUCAGGCUCACAGGAGUUUCUCCACUGGCAGUGAAAGUAAAAUGUGAACUUGUGAAUGAUAUUAGAUAUUGUAUGUUGUCUGUUGUUUGCUUAAACGCUUGCCUUACAUAACCCGUUCAGGGAUAAAUGAAUAAAGUAUUUGAAAUGAACUAAAA